AUGGUCGCUAUUCCAGGAGGAGUGUUCACAAUGGGCACUGAUGAGCCUGAAAUACAUCAAGAUGGAGAAGGGCCUGCUAGAAGAGUCCACGUUAACAGUUUCUACAUGGAUCAGUAUGAGGUCAGCAAUGAGGAGUUUGAGAGAUUCGUGAAUUCUACUGGGUACGUUACAGAGGCGGAGAAAUUCGGCGAUUCCUUUGUGUUUGAGGGAAUGCUGAGUGAAGAAGUGAAGGCUGACAUCCACCAGGCAGUUGCAGCUGCUCCCUGGUGGUUGCCUGUGAAGGGAGCCAACUGGAAGCACCCUGAGGGUCAUGACUCUAGUAUCUCCAACAGAAUGGAUCAUCCAGUUCUUCAUGUUUCCUGGAAUGAUGCGGUGGCAUUCUGCACCUGGGCAGGGAAACGGUUACCAACUGAGGCUGAAUGGGAAUACAGCUGUCGAGGGGGUCUUGAAAAUAGACUUUUCCCAUGGGGCAACAAGCUUCAGCCGAAAGGUCAACAUUAUGCCAAUAUCUGGCAAGGAGUGUUCCCAACUAAUAACACAGCAGAAGAUGGAUACAAAGGAACUGCACCUGUCACUGCGUUUCCUCCCAAUGGAUAUGGCUUGUACAACAUUGUAGGAAAUGCCUGGGAAUGGACGUCGGACUGGUGGGCUGUUCAUCAUUCAACGGAUGAAGUUCACAACCCUAAAGGGCCCUCAUCUGGGACGGACAGAGUGAAGAAGGGUGGAUCCUAUAUGUGCCACAAGUCUUACUGCUACAGGUAUCGCUGUGCAGCCCGUAGUCAAAACACUCCCGACAGCUCUGCUUCAAAUCUGGGAUUCCGCUGUGCAGCAGACACCUUGCCGGAGCUGCGGUGACCAAGUGGGCUGUCACACUGAGGCACGAGGGGCCGAAUUCCACCCGAGGAAGAAGAGGUGUGUGGAGUGUUGCUUGCUGAUGACACAGAAUAGAAAAAUCUAGUGCUUAAACUUCCUGCUGAGGGAAAAAAAAAUCCAACACCACUCAACAGCGCUUGAAAAACCUUCACGUAUUUAUCUUUGGGGAACCUGGCCUGGACUCUUAUCCCAACCAAAUGUUCUAUCGGUGAAUUCUGUUGAUUUUAGCAAGAGUAGUCUGGAGUUAACUAGCACAAAACUGAGCAGAAACAUGCCAGUUGUGUUUUAAAAGGUUAAUUAAUAAUUUCUUUUGAAAAAAUCUUUAUUAAAUAUUUAUUGUAAUAGUUUGAAUUUCUACACUCAACUCCAAUAAACAAGGACUUUAUAAACGUCUAGACAGCUUUAAGAGAAAAUUGUAGGAGUUAACAGUGAGGACUGGAAUACAGACAGCUAUCUGCAUGGGCAGUUAGUGCAGCCCUUGCAUUACAUUCCUGUUGCAGUGAAAAUCGGGUCCAGAAAUGUGCUUUUUCUGGUUAGAUACUUGCUCCUAUUUAGCAAGUGCCUUCCGCAGCUGCGGGAUGAUAAUCCUCAGGGUGAUAAUGGUUAGAAAUGAUGUACAUAUUUGAAUAAAAUUUCAGGCAUUUAUUUAUGCUGAAGUCUUUUAUUGAUGGAGAAACACUGGCAAUUUUCUUUGAGGUUCUUGGACACGGCAUAGGCUUAUUUUGGGGACUUGCAAAUUGCAAAACCAGUAUCAUUAAAAACUGAAGCUAACAAAUGAUUCCACUGGAAUAAAAGAUUACUAAAGUGAA